AUGGCGAAGAAUUUUGGUGAAUUAAGCCAAUAUAACGUGGCGUCGGGGAAAUGGAAAACAUACAUGGAACAAAUGGAAUUUUUCUUUGUUGCAAAUGACAUCGCAGACGCAAAAAAGAAAAAAGCGAUCUUUUUAGCCUCAUGUGGGACGGAAACCUACACGAUAUUAAAAUCGGUUGCCACACCGAUUAACAUUUUAGAGGAAAAAUUUACAUAUGAGGCGGCAACUAAAUUAUUGACUAGUUAUUUUUGUCCGGCAGAAAAUAUAAUAAUACAAAGAUUUAAAUUUUAUCGGAGAAACCAAAAAAAGGACGAAUUAAUUACCGAAUAUUUGGCAGCGCUAAGGAAAUUGAGCCAAGACUGCAAUUUCAACGAUUUGGAGGAAAUGUUACGAGACAGACUAGUCUGUGGCAUGCGCGAUGAAAAUUUACAAAAGCGGCUUCUGGCGAAUGACCAGUUAACAUUAAAAAUAGCGCAGGAGGAAGCUAUAGCAUCAGAAACAGCACAAAAAAAUGCGACGGAACUUAAAACGUCAGCCAGCCUGCCAGUGUUGAAUAAAAUUUCAAACAACAAGGUAAAACCAAAUCGUGCGCCAGUGGACCAUGUUCAGAAUUGUUAUCGUUGUCGAGGAAAUCAUCAUUCAGAUCAGUGCAAAUUUAAAGACGCGGAAUGUUAUUAUUGCAAAAAGCGUGGAUAUAUUGAGAGAGCUUGCAUAAAAAAAGCAAAAAUCAAAAAGCCAGCAACAAAUAAUGGGAGAAGACCAAACAGAGUAAAUCUUUUAGAUACAAACCAGGAAACUCAAACGACGGAGUAUUUAUGGUCAAUGUUCGCUAAAGGUAGUCCAUCGGUCAAGAGAGUGAUUACGAUAGGUAAAUCACCGGUACAAAUGGAAAUAGACUCGGGGGCAAGUUACUCAACAGUAAAGAAAAAUCUUGAACUGAGUGGAGAAGCAGAAGUACCAGUCUCGGUUGGGAACGUCACAAAGAAACUAAAGUUGUUAGUAGCAGCGGGUGAUGGUCCGGCUCUAAUUGGUCGAAAUUGGUUUAACGAUUUGGGAAUUACUAUAACUAGCAAUUUAUGCAAUAUAGAAUCAACCAUUCCAGUAAAAGUGAUGAACUUCAGUUCAGUUUUUGAUGGAAAUUUUGGAGAUUACAAGGGAAAUCCUGUGAAGUUACAAAUGUCAGUUUCAAGUAAACCGAAAUUUCUUCGAUAUCGACAUGUGCCUUUUGCACUAAAACUCAAGGUGGAAGCAGCAUUAAAGAAGUUGGAAGAUGAAGGCGCACUGCGUUCAAUAUCCUUUAGUAAGUGGGCAACACCGGUUGUACCUAUUAUUAAACCAGAUGGUAGCAUACGUAUUUGUGGAGAUUAUAAGUGCACAGUGAAUCAAAUGCUUUGCAAGGAAACGUAUCCAUUACCUACUAAUACAGAAGUGCUAGCAGCACUUCGACAUUCUAAUUGGCGGAACAACUUUGGAAGAGUUGUGGGAUAG